AAAUUUAAUAGAUAGUUAAUUUAGUAGGUAUUUCAAAAAGCAAUGUAAAAUUACUAUUAGAAUUCUUCGACUUCUUCUAAUAGGUUUAUGAAUUUUGGAUUAUCCAGGCAUUAGAGCGUAAGCAAUUCAUACGCAUAAGAAGAUAAUAUUCCUACUACUUAAAGAAAUUUUUUGAAUUAUUAUAAUUAAAAUGCAGACAUUUCAUAGAACUAGUUGCACACUACUAACAAUAACAUUUACGCAAACUUACGUAAUAAUGCAAAUAAUUUGAGUAUAAGUUAGGCAUAUUAAACUGAUAGAUUUGGCAGAGAAAUAUUUGGUUAAUAUGUUAGAAGGUCUGGGAGAAAAAAUCAUGACAAUUCAAACGAAGAAGAAGACUACUCAGAUGAAGAAAAUCGCAACUAGUAAGUUAACAUCCGUCAACAAAGAUCAAGAAAUAGGGUUAAUUAAUAAGAUAGCAUUCAUUAAUAGCUUCAUUAACAACAAUAAUAGCUGUUUUAAAACUCUCCUUAGUAGGAAUAAAAAUUAUAGCGUAAUCAGCUUGCAAACAUAUUCAAUAAUAAUGACUUAAACUAUAACGUAGCUGAUUUAAUUAACAAGAAUGAGUAGGAAAAGGACGAAGCUGCAUAAAAAUAAGAAGAAGAAAAUUUAGAAAAAAUAAAAAGUAGUCCCUAUUAUAUAGAUGCAAAUUUGAUUAUGAAAAGCACAUGCUUCAACUAAAUUUCAUUUUAAAUUUUCUUUCUAUUCUACUUAUCCAACGUACUAUGGAAUUUUAAUGCAUUAUAUAACUUUCUCUUCCUUUGGUUUGUUGAUGUAGUGUAAUUCGCCAUGACUUAUAAGCGCAUAUCACUAAACAAGUUAUUUCUGGAGACCUAUUAAAACUAAAAAUAAAAAUUAUCUUAUGGAUUGCUUGAAUACUUAGAAAUAAUUUAUUUUAUAAUUUUUAAGAUUAUACUAUUUAUUAGACUAUACUUCAUCAAGUUUGAUUUCUUUUAUAUACCUUUAGUUUUUCUAAUUUAUGUUUCGUCUCGAGCAACUUACAUCAUGAGGAAAAAAGUCAAAUAAAACUAAUCGAUUCUUACAGAUAUAUUUAUUUGGACAUUUAAAAUAUUUCUUUCUGUCUAGAUUCUUUUGAUAUCUUUAAAAUUUGAGAAUUAAAUAAAUUGGAAAUGGAGAGAUGUUUUUUGGGCAUAUUGGGUAUUUUUUUCUAUCAUGGUUGGCAUUAAUAUUGGAUUUAUAAUUAUAUUAUUUUCUAAAUGCUAUUCUAAGUGUUCAGAAGAUGAUGUAGAAAUCUAUGAAUUAAAGGGAUUGUUUUGGCUUUUUAUACUAUCAAAUUCACUAACUGUAAAUAUCACAAUAUAUAUAACUUCACUAAUAUCAUAUUAUGAUGAUGGAGAUAAGUAAGGAGUGUAUUUUGGAUUUUAAUAUGGAUUGGCAUUUACUGUUUUUCUAACAGUAUAUUCCAUGUCAUCACGAGAGAGCAUCUAUCUAUUUUUAUUUAAAAUCACUAAAGAUGAUGAGCUUUCUUAAGAAAACAUAAACUUGCAAAAUGAAAUAAAUGAAAAUUACCAAAACUAAUCUAAUUCACGCUAACAGUAAUAGGAUAUGAGCUAAAAUAAUAGAAGAAGAAAUUAGAAUUAAGAUGACGUACAAGAUUAAGAAGUUGAGGAAUCUCAAGAUGAAAGCUCUAAUCAAAGCUAAAGAUAAUAAAAUAUUUAAAACGAAAAUGUAGCAAAUCCAUAAAAUACAAAAUAAUAGAAGAAAAUUAAAAUUGUUAAACAAUAAGAAUUAAACACAGGUUUUCCAUUAAUUUUAUAAAAACUUUCAUCAACGUACUUUAAAAUAUUUAAAGCUGUAUCUUAAGGAUCUAGAAAUAGUAUUUCUAAGUAAAAUAAUAAAAAGAAAUAGCCAUAACCUAGCAAAGAAGAAAUUCAAAAAAAUAUUAUAAUUAACUGCAAAAGCCAUAGUUUUGUUAGCCCAAGAGAAGUAUUAAGCUAAAAUAAUUUUAAUUUUAAGGACUUGAACUAAGAAUUAAGGCUAUAGCUAUCUACUAAGAGAAGCAGAGUUUUACAAACAAAAAUGGAACUAUCUACGAGAAGUGUAGCUAAAAGCAUCUUGUUACCAUUACAAGACCCUUAACUUAAAAAAAUGGCUUAAGAUACUGAUAAAAAAUAUUAAAAUUUUUUGUAAAGCGAAAAAGGAGUUGAAAUACAGAAAAUAAUUUAUGAAUAAAAUCUUAAUCAAGAAGUUAAUGAUAACUAAAAAAAUAUAAAUUUUUCCCUAGAGGAAAUCCCUAAGUAGCAUUUUAAUAUAGAUGGACCUGUAAAUGAUUCUUAGAUACAAAAAGAUUAAUAGGGAGAACAGUCAAAUAUAGAGAGUAAUAACCAAGAUAUAACUCUAAAAAGCCAUAAUAACAACAAAAAUGAAAAUCAGAGCAAUUAUCAAUCACAGUAAUCUUCGAAUGUCAUUCAUGAUGAGACAAAUAAAAGCAAUAAUAUAACAAAAACAGGCAAAAAUAUAAAGCAGUAUACCUGCGACUAAGAUAAUUUAUAAGUGACUAAGCAAGAAAAUUCUAUAGGAAAUACAUGUGUUGUUUGCUUCGAUAAAACUCCUGAUACUUUGUAUAUGCCUUGUGGACAUGGAGGCUUAUGUUACGACUGUGCAAUAGAUAUCCUAAAGAAGACUGGAGAGUGCUAUCUUUGUAGAGUGGAAAUAACAGAAAUUUAUUAGCUGGACAUCAAAUAGAAGAAAGGUAAAAAUUACAAAGUAUUGGCCAUUACUUAAGUGCUUGAAGAUGUCUCAAAUUUAAGCUAAUCUUAGAAUGAAAAUCGUAAUACAAAUCAGAUGAUACCUUUCGAAUAAAUUAAUUAACAACUUUAAGAGCGCUUAUAGCAAUUGCCUCAAUAAAAUGAAAUGAUGUCUGCUAGCUUCCAUAUGGGAAGAUAGGUUAAUUCUCCAAGUAAUAAUAACACAGCCAAUCGAAACUUCGUUUUUUAAUAAGGAGCCUAAUAAACAUAAAUAGGCUAGCUAAUCUAAAUAGAAUAAAUAUAAUUAUAAAAUAAUGGCAACUUCUAAAUCUCUGAUAAAUAUCUAGCUGAGGAUAUAGAAAAGUCAUUUUAAGAUUAAUAUAAAUUACCUAAUACUUUAAACAUUCAUUAAAAUUACUUUAUUCAAAAUGAGGAAAUCUAAUUUGAAAGUAAUUAAAAUAAUGUAAUUCUUGAUCAAUUAAAUGGAUAAAUUUUAAUGAGACCAACCUAAACAAGUUCACAAAGUCCAUAAAAUUUAAAAGACAAUGCUUCUAAUUUUUUAAUAAAAUUUGAUUCAAUUGAGGAAAAUACUUUAAAAAAAGAAUAACCUGAAUAAUAGGAAAACGAGGAUUUUGAAAUCUGUAGCAGCAAUGAAUCUCCUCAGUUAAACAUGAAUUUGUUUACGUAAAAUCUUUAAUAAAAAAAUAGCACCUUAUUGAAUUAGAUUAAGACACAACAAGAUUAAUUUCUGAUCCCGUAGAAUCAAAGCAACGAAACUAUGCAAGUAUAAGAAGAUGAAACAAAUACAACUGAAAAAUCUGUCUAAAAUAUUUAAAAUAAAGAAAAUUUAAUAAAAAACUCCACUAAAAACAAUACAUUAGCUGAAGCUCCUCUCAAUUAAAUUCAAAAAAGUUCACAAGAAGAGGAAAUACAACUCCCAACAGAAAAUUCUUGA